UCGAGGUCAGUGUGGAGACUCGCAGUGUCGCAACAUCGCCCCCUGUCGCCCCGGACGGCGCACGACACGUCUGCUUUUGUCGGAGUCAGACAGUCGAUCCGCUCGGUUCUCCAGCAACAAGCAGCCGCCUGAAUGUAGAUCCGCAUGGGCUAGUACUUCUCUGUCUCUCCGAAUAACCCAGCGGAACCUUGAGAUACGGAUCCCAGGAUGGUGUUAGUGCAUGUCGGAUACCUGGUUCUUCCCGUAUUCGGCUCCGUAAGAAACAGAGUAUGGAGGCUGGCUCUACAUUCUGCAUUUAUCAGAUCUUUGUCGUCCCCCCCAUUGUGUAGCUAAUGAUCAUCUGCUGCUGUGUGGUGUGGCGUGGCCUCUGCCUGUUCUCUGCAUUUAGCUGUAUUGUGAAUCCCUUCUUCAUUUCCUCUUUCCAUCAGAAGACGACAUUGGUAUUAAAAAAAAGCACACCCCCUCCCUCCCAAGAUGUACUCAGCCAUAGACUUUCCAUGUUGAGCUAAAACAAUAGCUAACACCUAGUCCAGAGCACCUUUUUGUCUUUUUUCUUGUCAAAUUGCUGUAGCACUGAGUUAACAUUUUAGCUCCUUUUUUUAGAUAUCAGUUGAAUGUCAUUGUGUACCUCCCAUCCAGUCUUGAUAGACAACAUGCUGUAAAUUCCUGUAAAGUGGAUACAUUUUGCAUGAUCUCAAACACCGCACUGCAUUGUUGAACACCAGAAUUUGGCUCAUCCUCCUUUUCUCUUCACACAAGGUGCAAUGUACGUGAUUUAAAAAAAAAAAGAAAAAAAGACCCUCAUUUAAAAAAAAAACAGAGCAUGCGAAUUGGAACCCACGUGCAUGCCAUGUUUGUUGUUGUUAAAACAUUGCAGCAAACGCUGUGACGUGAUCGCUUGCAAUGACUGAAAAGGUACACUGCACCUGCACACAACAACCUGCCAUAACUGUCUCCAUUUUUGUGUAAUCCUUUUUGUUCCCUUUGCAAAUUUCAAGCUUCGAAUCACACUGAAUUGUCAGGGCCGUUUGCCGUCUCAUGGGCAAAUGAAACUAAACAUUCAAGCAAUCAAAACAUGCUCACUGGUGGUUCAUCACUUCCUUAUUUUCCCCCACUAACAUACGGCCAAAAUGCUAUCCAUUUCACAGGGAUGCCUAUUUUCCUGCACUGCUAAAAAAAGAGAUCCUCUAUUAGUAAUAACGUCUUUUAUUGUUUGGUUGUGGUCUCUCUUUACCUUUUGUUCUGGUAAUAGUACUUUCAAUGCAUGAUCACAUUUUAUGAUUCAUAAUUUUUGGUUUUUGUUUUUCUACAUUGACUAGUGAAAAUCCAAUGUAAUCUUUCUGUAGUAAAGAUGUUACCCUGCUGUACUGGAAUCAUGUGCUGUAGCCAACACGUCUGCUCAUUGGAUGCCGCUUUUGUUCUUUUUAACCCUAUAUGGAGCAUGGUGGGCCUUGCCUUCAGUCUAUGUUGUUUAUUUUUGUUGCAUGGAAUUAUACUAUUAUUACAAGCAAAAAACAGGACAGAAAACACAAAAUCCACAUAUACUAAUAUUUUUCAAUAAAGAAUAUAGUGUUUUUCCUAACCUUCAGUGUGCUUCUUGCUGAUUUCCAUUUAUUGUCCUCCCUCUCCCUUGUCCCUACCUGCCCCCUCUCCACCCCCCCACCCACCUCCUCUCCCGCUGUGACAAAGAUAGACGAUUUCCACGCUUCCUCCAUCACAGGGCCCGAAUGAGUCUAUCUGCUGUCAUUCAUGGUGAUCGUUUUCACUGAGAUGCUUGAAAACGCAGUGUGCUAUUUAAAGUCUAGACUUGAGCCUUUAACCCACGGCAGCAAGGUCAUCUGUUGUCUACCCGGCUACACACCGGCAACCUCCUUUUAAGCUGUAAAUUUUGCCCGAAAGUCGCACGGCUUUCCUCUUCUGGGCGUGUUUUUAAAAUCAUACUGCCUUUCUCAAGCGUACUCCAAGUAAAUGCAAUGUAGACUUAGCCUAUUUCCUCAUGAUUUUUUUGGGGAAAAAAAGAAGAUUCCACUGUUUACAUCAAAUUCGUCAUGUAUUUUACACUGUCAAGGCAGAUUAAACUCAAACCGUAGUGGAAUUUAGCAUCUUGCACAAUUUUAAUCUCUUAACUGGCAGGUUUCUGUAAAUUUCACUGCUUCACUUUCUGCCAAAUGGACUUAACAGAGCACAGUUUUGUUGAAUCCUGCUCCGCUGGAGGCCCACUAUGGCUCUUUUCUGGCCGGGAUUUCCUCAAAGGUUUCUAAUCAAAGCUAAAUUUGUUACUGUAGUGUCUCAGUCCUUCCAUAAUCAAAAAGAUCUUUUUCAGCCAAAGCACAGUAUUAAUACCACAUUGCACCACAGCACAAGCUAGCCUGUCUUUUUCUCCCUGUUGAGUCUUGACAGCAGUCUGUUCAGCGCUGCUGCCAAAUAGCUGUGGUUGGAGGGAGUUAAAAAGCAUUCAAGCUAUUUCCUCUCAAUCCUGAAUGUUCGUAUGGGAGAAGAACUUGUAGAGCUUUACUGUAAGUGUAAGGCACAAAGAGACAGUAGAUUUCACUGAAACAUGUUUAAUAGUGAGAUUUUAUUGCCUGGUUUCAUUUUUAAGAAUGAAGGAACUGUUCUUCAAUGUUGAAUAGAUAGAAACUUGGCUUCGAAACAGUUUAAUGUAAAGCAAAUCUUAGGUAUAAAGGUUAACUUGCAUGAGAGCAUUCACUCCCACUCAGCUGCAGAAAUGAUAAGAAGUGAGCUGCGCUGAAGAUCUGGUAGAUUUCAUCUGUUCUGAUCCAGUCCGCUAGUCUGUGAAUCAGAAGACCAGGAGUCACUCCAGAGGUCGGAAAUGCAAUUAAAGAAAAUGAAAAGCUCACGUUGUGUGUGCAGGACCGAAAAUGGUUGUCAUGUUCAUGGUACUUGUGGUAACCAUCAUUUUCCCACCCCCACAGAAGUAUUUUUCACCCUAGGAUCCCAUUUCAACCGGCAACAGCAACAGCAGCAGCAGCAGCACAGCCAUGCUACCUCUUGCCGGCACUUCCAGUUAGGUCCUCAGGCUCCGCUGCCCAUGGACUUCCCCAUGCCCCACCCAGGGCAGCCACAGUCAGGCAUUAACCCCCACUUGGCCCCUCCCGGCCACCAGCAUGGCCCUCCGCUCCACCCGCCCCUUAAUCCCCUGCCCACUCCCCAGUUCCAGGACAUUCCCGCCCCUCCCUUCCUACCUCAGGCAUUACACCAGCAAUACCUCCUCCAGCAGCAGAUCCUUGAGGCCCAGCACCGACACAUCCUGCCACCCUCCAGUAGACGCACCCCAGAGAGAGUUCCUCACCAGCCCCACAGAUUACGGCCUGGGUACGAGUUUGCUCCGCCUCUUCAUGUGCCCCCUCAGCCUGUGGUGCAGCAGCCCCGUUACCUGGCUGAAGGCACAGACUGGGAUCUAAGUGUCGAUGCUGGACUGCCGCCCCACCAGUAUCACAUCCAUCCACUGCCACAGCACUAUCAGCACUACCUGACCUCUCCUAGGAUGCACCACUUCCCUAGAAACAAUGCCUCAACGCAAGUGGUUGUGCAUGAGAUCAGAAACUACCCAUAUCCCCAGCUGCACUUGCUGGCUCUGCAGAGUCUCAACCCCUCCCGCCAUGCGUCUGCUGUUAGAGAGAGCUACGAGGAGCUUCUGCAGCUGGAGGACAGACUGGGCAGUGUCAAUCGUGGAGCGGUCCAAACUACCAUAGAGAGAUUUACUUUCCCCCAUAAGUACAAAAAGAGAAUACCCCAGGACCUGAAGAUGUGUCUGGAUGAUGAGGAGCUGGACACAGAUGAGAAGUGCACCAUCUGUCUGUCGAUGCUGGAGGACGGAGAGGACGUCAGGAGAUUACCCUGCAUGCACCUCUUCCACCAGGCAUGUGUGGACCAGUGGCUGGCCACCAGCAGGAAAUGCCCCAUCUGCAGAGUAGACAUUGAGACCCAGCUGACCCCCGACAGUUGAUAGCUCCUGUCGACUCCCGCAGCUUCGGAUCUGGUCUUGUGAAUUCUCCAUUGCCUCCCUUCUGGGGGGAAAAGCUCUGCCAAACACCCCUCUUCCCCCUCUGCAUCACUCAACGAGCCCGUCUUGUGAGACGGCCGUGACAGAGGGAUCAACAAAGCACACUCACCUACAACACAACGAGGGACGGGGGUUGACGCACAGAUCGGCGGCUGGACUGAAGGUUGGUUGAAUGGAACUUUGCUGGAGGUAAACGUAGCAGCGGACACGUAUGGACAGAUGUGCUGAGGCUUCACACGAUUCUGUCAGUGUACCCUGUGUACAUUUCUCCAUACAGCCACAGAGAGAGAGAGAGAGAGAGGACACUGACUACCAACCUCCCCAGCUCAGUGCGGUGUAUUAAGGCCAUUUCUCUGCCACAUCUAAACCCUUUCCCCCAGGCCUGUGAAAAAAUCCUUUAAGCUGCACUCUGCCCAAGCCCUCAGCACAUCUGUACAGAAUAUUAUCAAAUGAUUAGCAUGAGGUUGUUUGGUGUGAACUCUUGUAGCUGAAUGCUUGUGGUGUAAUGGAGUAUAGUACUGAAUAAGUAUUUACAGAGUAACAGUGUUGUGUAGCAAGCAAAAAGACUUUUGAGAACUAUGUUUGUGCAAAAUAAACCUACAGAACAGAGAGGGUGACUACAGCUCUGAGAACAUUCAGCGUGUUCAAUCAUAGGCAACGACAGGAGGAGCUAGUUGUGUAAAAAGGCCAAAAAUCCCUCGUUCUAGUCUCACAUGGUUUUGGAUUAACGGUUGGUAGACGCCAUCAGAGUUUGAUGCUAAACCCGCUAACUGCAGGCAUGGCUUCCAGUGAUCUGUGUAGUGUCGUAGUCGGGCCUCCAUAAUCUAGAGCGGAGGCCUCAGAUGUGCAUGCUGUAUGGCAGGCUUGGGCUGUGUCGUAAUAUUGUGGAGCAGUAGAAACAGGGACUGUGUCUGUGCAUGUGAAGCGUAUACUAUGACGAUACUGACGAUCCCACUCAUUCAUAGAGGAGGAACGAGAAUGCGACCCCCCCGCCCCCUUUCCCCUCCCUCUCUCCCGAGUUUAGACCAAAGUUGCCCUUAGACACAGAUCUCGGACAAAUGUAGCAUUUCUCUCCUAGUGUCUGCGAUUAGGAUUCAAAGAGCUGCUCGGUGGAUCCGUGUCUAACAGCAACUCCUCUGUGUUGCCUUGCUCGCGGCAUGAUCGUGGUCAUGAGAGGCCGGCAUGGGCUUGAGGAUGCAGUGCCUGAGUCUUGCCAUCAGAGUGAAUAAAAUCGGACAUUUGUAUCACCUAUUACCGGAACCUUAUUGCCUAUCGAACAAGCACAUGUGAUUUCUUAUAUGCGGUGAAUUGCCUCUGUUGUGUAUCGGCUCCUUUCAUUUCAAAUCUAAGUUGCUCCCACUGUUUGAUAAAAAAGACUGUGUCUGGUGUUACAGGGAAAAAUUCAAACUAGUUUGCCUGUGAUAUGUGCUAGAAUGUGUAUGAUUGUCCCCACAGCCCCCUCUCUCCCAUGGUAGUCGUGUACGGUAUUGCUAGAACAACUGUGACAUGUUCGGUGAUAGAAGCCGUUUUCUCUAUAUCAUGCAUGAACCAUGUCGGCGUAGUUCACUUGAAGGAGGGUGAAAGGGAGAAAAAGCCAUCCAUUUGAAAAAUACCAAACAAUUGUUCUUAACAUUAGUUUUAUUUCAAUUGUCAAUUUAUUUUUUGCCAUUUCUUUAUAUAUUUUUUCUUAUUACUUGUAUUCUUUUCGCUCACAUGCCAAUUUGGACAUGGUACUAAUAUGCCGAGUCCCUGUCCAUUUUAACCAUAGUGAAGAAAAAGCUGCAAUGCUGCAAAAACAUAUUUAUUGUUGUUAUAAUGUAGCUUGUGUUUUGUAAAUGCACUAUAAUAUGGAGUUGCCUGAUUUUUUGGUUUGGUGAUGUGGGUUCUUCUUGUCCUAGAUUUUGUGUUUCUUCUCAGUUUCAAGUAUUUUCAUGCUUCCUUGUGUAUUAUUGGAGGGUAACUUGACUGUUUGUGUUGCAUUUCUUUUCUUUUUGUAUGAGACCUCCAUCCAAAAAACUACAGAUGGAUGAAAAUGGAGGUUCGCUAGUUCACAUAGAAUGCUGUGAUUAAAGAUGCCUUAAGUAUUUAACAAUCAUUAUUUAUUACUAACUGUAGCUAGCUAGCUAUUGUGGUGGAAUAUUUAAUGUCUCUAUCUCAUAACUUUGCAAUUUAAUCAAUAUAUUUAUUUAAAAUAACACAAAAUAUUAAAAAAAGAAUACCUCAUUAUGCAUUGGUCGGUGGGGAUGCUUUUGCAUGCCGUCUGUGUUUUCUUUUUCAAAGGAGGAAAAAAA